CCGAGAGAGAGAGAGUCAACCAAAAAGAAAAAAAAACAGUCACUCUUCUCCAAACAAUUUUCAAAGUUUUGUUUUUAGUUUUUCCUCGAAAACGGCGUAGUAUUUAUAGCUUAAUCACUCGUUCGAAACCUCCUUCUUCAAUGACGAUGGAUGAUAUGGAGAUUGAGAGCGCCGCUGCUUCUUCUCCUCUACCUUUCGCUAGAAGUUAUCAAGUGGAGGCGCUUGAGAAAGCUAUGAAGCAGAACACGAUUGUUUACUUGGAGACUGGCUCUGGCAAGACUCUUAUUGCUAUUAUGCUUCUUCGUAGCUACGCUUACCUUUUCCGCAAACCUUCUCCUUGUUUCAGCGUCUUCUUGGUUCCUCAAGUUGUUCUCGUCACUCAACAAGCUGAAGCGCUGAAGAGGCAUACGGAUCUAAAAGUGGGCAUGUAUUGGGGAGCCAUGGGGGUUGACUUUUGGGAUGCUUCAACAUGGAAACAAGAAGUCGAUAAAUAUGAGGUUCUUGUGAUGACGCCUGCCAUUUUGCUCCGUGCAUUAAGACACAGUUUUCUGACGUUCAACAUGAUCAAGGUUCUAGUAUUUGAUGAGUGUCAUCAUGCUGGGGGUAAUCACGCCUAUGCUUGUAUCAUGAAGGAGUUCUAUCACAAGGAGUUAAACUCUGCAACUUCAGUCGUACCACGGAUAUUUGGGAUGACUGCAUCCCCUGUGAAAACAAAGGGUGAAAACUUGGAUCGCUACUGGAAAAGGAUUCAUGAACUCGAAACUCUAAUGAAUUCAAAGGUCUAUACAUGUGAAAAUGAAUCUGUGCUUGCUCGGUAUGUCCCCUUCUCUACUCCGAGUUUCAAGUACUACCACCCUAUGGGAAUACCAAGCUCUAAACGCGCAGGCUUGGUAGCGAAACUUGAAAAGCUAGCCACAGAGCAUCUCCUAGCCCUUGCAACAUUGGACCUCAAAUCCUCCACUAUUAAUUCUAUAAAGAAGAGACUGUCAAAGAUAUGCUCAUCUAUAAUUUAUUGUUUGGAUGAACUUGGAAUUUGGAUGGCGCUUAAGGCUGCUCAGUCACUCUCAGCCAGUCAGAACGACUUUGUCUUGUGGGGCCAACUAGAGGAGUUUAGCGAAACCUCUAUAAAGAAGUUCUGUAGUGAUGCUUCACGGGCCAUUUUAGCUUACAUUCCUGAUGGUCCUAACUGGAGUGUUGCUAACAUAAAAGGAAAUGUGGAGGCAGGUUUGAUAACAUCAAAAAUAGUCUGCCUUGUUGAAUCUCUUCUUGGUUAUAGCUCCUUGGAGAAAAUAAGGUGCAUCAUAUUUGUGGAAAGGGUGAUAGCAGCUAUUGUUUUGGAGUCCUUUCUGGCUGAAAUUCUUCCAACCUAUAAUAUCUGGAAAACUAAGUACGUUGCAGGAAAUAACUCCGGCCUGCAAAGUCAAUCCCGGAAGAAGCAGAAUGAAAUCGUGGAGGACUUCCGAAAAGGCUUGGUAAACAUCAUCGUUGCAACAUCUAUUUUAGAGGAAGGUCUAGAUGUUCAAAGUUGCAAUCUGGUCGUCGGAUUUGACCCCGCAUCCAACAUUUGCAGUUUCAUACAAUCCCAGGGGCGUGCGAGAAUGCCUAACUCAGAUUAUCUGAUGAUGGUGAAAAGCGGAGAUCUGUUCACACAAUCUCGGUUAAAGAAAUAUAUCACUGGUGGGAAAAGAAUGCGUGAAGAUUCUUUGAGUCAUUCUCUUGUUCCCUGUCAACCUCUUCCAGAUGAUUCGUCCGGGGAUUUCUUCCGUGUCAACAGCACCGGAGCAAUUGUAACUCUUAGCUCAAGCGUCAGCUUAAUAUAUUUUUACUGCUCAAGGCUUCCUUCAGAUGAAUACUUCAAACCAACUCCUAGAUUUGAUAUAGACAAGGAUCAGGGGAUUUGCACACUUUACCUUCCUAAGAGCUGUCAAGUAAAAGAAGUUAGAGUUCAAGCAAACGGCAACGUGUUAAAACAAGCUGCAUGUCUUGAAGCUUGCAUUCAACUACACCAAGCUGGUGCCCUGACUGAUUAUCUUGUCCCUGACAUGGUUUUGAAGGAAUCUGUCCAACAAAAACUCGGGAAAAUCCACUAUGACACUGAACAGCCAAGUUACUUUCCUCCAGAGCUAGUCUCCCAGUUUUCAGCACUGAGGCGGACAACAUACCACUUCUACUCAAUAAGGAUGAAGACAGAAUUUCCAAGAGAUCUUCAUUUUAAGGAUAUUUUGCUGUGCACCAGGGUUGAGCUUGAAGAUGACAUUGGGAACACAUGCUUCCGGUUAGAAGAUCAUCGUGGCACAGUAGCUGUGACAUUGAGUUAUCUGGGAGCAUUUGACCUGACACAAGAUGAAGUAUUUUUGCUCAGUUAUAUCUCACUUGUAUCUCAGUUAAUAUCUGAUUCGAUCAGACUCUGUUUUUCUUGUGUUCAGGUCCUUCUGUGUCGAAGGUUUCAGAUAACUCUUUUCAGAGUUCUUUUGGAUCAUAGUGUGGAAAAUUUGAUGGCGGCGUUGGAAGGGUUGCAUCUCAGAGACGGUGUAGCACUUGAUUAUCUUUUAGUUCCAUCCACUCAUGAGCAAAAAGCAUCUCUUAUUGAUUGGGAGGUUAUAAGACCCGUGAACUUAACUAGUCUUAAAACUUGGGAAAGGCAUGUGGAUUGUUUUGCCAAGGAUGCUUCUUGCAUUCUUCAUACAAAAGACGGGUUUUUUUGCACCUGUGCCUUACAAAAUGCUUUGGUUUACACACCACAUAAUGGAAACGUCUACUGCACCAGAGGCAUUCUCAGAAAUUUAAAUGCAAAUUCUAUAUUGACGAAGAGAAAGUCUGGCGAUGAGACCUACAUGGAAUAUUAUGAGAAACGGCAUGAGAUUCGAUUAAAUUUUGUGGAUGAACCUCUUUUGAGUGGGAGACACAUUUUCACGCUGCAUAAUUACCUUCACAUGACCAGGAAGAAGAAGGAGAAAGAGAAUGACAGGGAGUAUGUUGAACUACCUCCUGAACUAUGUCAUGUCAUAUUGUCUCCAAUAUCAGUAGAUAUGAUCUAUUCAUAUAAGUUCUUGCCAUCUGUUAUGCAACGAAUUGAAUCUUUGCUUAUAGCAUUCAACCUUAAGAAGAGCAUCCCAAAAGUGAAUAUUCCAACCAUCAAGGUGCUGGAAGCUAUCACAACGAAGAAGUGCCAGGACCAGUUCCACUUGGAAUCACUAGAAACACUUGGCGACUCUUUUCUGAAAUAUGCAGUGUGUCAGCAUCUUUUCCAAGAAUAUCAUACUCAUCACGAGGGUCUUCUCAGCUCAAUAAAAGAUGGAAUGAUUUCGAAUGUCACACUCUGCAAAUUGGGAUGUCAACAGAAACUUCAGGGAUUUAUACGAAACGAGUGUUUUGAACCUAAAGGGUGGAUGGUUCCUGGUCAAUCAUCUGCAGCUUAUGCUCUUGUUAAUGAUAAUCUAUCCGUAUCUGGAAACAUGUACAUUGCUAGGAGGAGGAGUUUGAAACGCAAGAGUGUGGCUGAUGUUGUAGAAGCACUAAUUGGUGCAUAUCUUAGCGAGGGAGGUGAACUAGCAGCGUUAACGUUCAUGAACUGGGUUGGUAUAAAAGUCGAUUUCACACCUACGAUGAUCCAAAGAGAGCCAUCAAUACAAGCUGAGAAGCUUGUGAAUGUAAGCUAUAUGGAGUCUCUGUUGAACUAUAAAUUUAACGAUAAGUCUCUUCUUGUCGAGGCAUUGACUCAUGGCUCAUACAUGAUUCCUGAAAUUCCAAGAUGCUAUCAGCGGUUGGAGUUCCUCGGCGACUCUGUGUUGGAUUAUCUCAUAACGAAGCACUUGUACAACGAAAAUCCUAAUCUUUCUCCUGGUCUACUAACAGACAUGCGCUCUGCUUCUGUGAACAAUGAGUGUUAUGCUCAAGUAGCGGUGAAAUCAAACCUGCACAAACACGUUCUCCAUGCCUCUCAUGAUCUCCACAAACACAUCUCAAGAACAGUCAGUGAGUUUGAACGGUUGUCGUCUACGCAAUCCAGUUUUGGAUGGGAAUCCGAAAUAGCUUUCCCAAAGGUUCUUGGAGAUGUGAUAGAAUCUUUAGCUGGUGCGAUACAUGUUGACUCUGGUUACAACAAGGAAGUAGUGUUUGCGAGUAUAAAACCGUUAUUGGGAUGUAUGAUAACUCCAGAGACUGUGAAGUUGCAUCCUGUGAGAGAGUUGACAGAGUUGUGCCAGAAAGGUCAGUUCGAGUUGAGUAAAGCUAAAGGUUUCGAGAAUGGUGAAGCUUACUUCACUGUUGAGGUGAACGCUAAAGAAAUGAGUUUUGCUCACACAGCAAAGGCCUCUGAUAAGAAAAUGGCGAAGAAGUUGGCUUACAAAGAAGUCUUGAAUUUGCUUAAGAAGAGUCUGGACUCCUAAGUUUCUCAUUCUUGUUGAGUCGAAUUGAGAUAAUUAGUAUUUUGUUUAAUGCAGCUGCUGAUAUGUUAGCAAAGCAUGUUUUUGUUAUCGAGGAAGACUUUAUUGCUUCUACCAAACUCUUAAGUUAAUGAAAAAAGUUGUGAUUAA